CCUUAGACACAGAAGGAUUCUGGCUGGUUGAAGAAAUGAAUCUACUAACUGCAAUCAUUUUCCUGGCUGCUCUGCUACACCAGUGUGAUGGACAGGGUUUUCCAGAUAAAAUAGCAAAAAUUUUGUCUUUUCCUCAUUCUAAGUCUAAAAACCAAAAAGAGAUCCUUGAUCAACACAAUGAAAUACGCAGAUCUGUGCUUCCCACGGCCAGGAACAUGUUGAAGAUGGUGUGGAGUGAUAAAGCUGCCAAAAAUGCUCAGAAGUGGGCAAAUACGUGUCAGAUGAGAGUCAGUCCAAGGGAGCAGAGAACCCUUAAUGGUGUCACCUGUGGUGAGAAUGUGCUGCUAUCAUCUUACCCAAGAACAUGGCCUGAUACAAUCCAAACAUGGUACAGUCAGUCCUCCAAUUUCAAAUAUGGGUAUGGAGCAACCUCCAAAAAUGUCAACAUCGAGAGCUACACUCAGCUAAUCUGGUACAACAGUUACCAGGUUGGAUGUGCAGUUUCCUACUGCCCUACGAACUCCUUCAAGUACUUUUACGUUUGCCAGUACUGCCCUGCAGGAAAUAAUGCAAUGCAAAUAGCUACACCUUACAGAAGUGGACCAAAAUGUGCAGACUGUCCUGGCCACUGUGACAAAGGGCUUUGCACCAAUCCUUGCAAGUAUCAAGACCUCCUUGGAAACUGCAAGAACCUGAAAACUUUGUUCGGCUGUAGCCACUCACUGGUGAAGCAGAAGUGUCCUGCAACCUGCAAAUGCACCACUCAGAUCAUAUAAAGUCCUGGUGGAUGUCAUUACAGCUGCUGUGAGAUUCAUAGGAGAAGCGUAGAACUCACUGUGAAGUGUAUUCACCCUCAGUGCAUCUGCUCAGACUGACCUAUAGAUAACAAUUUUAUCUGGAAUCUGACCAUUACUUUAGUCCUAAAUUAGACUAGUACCCCAAAAUAAGUUCUGAUGUUAUUUUAGGCUUUGUAAAAAUUAUGCUUAAGCUACUAAUGUGUUAUUUUGUGGCUUUCCUUGCAGUGGAUCUGCCACUGAUUAAUUUCUUUUUAAUGGGAAAAACACUUUUAAGACACUUCAGGGGUUUUUUGCAUAAUAUAUUAAAUGCCACUAAACUUUCUUCUGUUACCUUUUUGCUGAUUGUCAAUGGAACAUAUUCCUGCUAAAUAAACACAUGAUUUACCACUGGUUCACAAACAGAGCUUUUAAUCAAAGUUAUUUGUAAAUCAAGGGUUUGGUUUCUUUAAUUUGGAAAAUUCUUGCUGGAUAUUUUGAGGCUCUUUUACACUUCAUGUGAUUGUGGACAAGACAGGAAGAGAAAUACAAAACAAAGAGAGAUGUAAUUUUUGUACAGGCGAAAUAGGAGGCACACAUUGAAUCUGACAACUUGUACUUUGUGAUCUAAACACAAAGAUUCUGAUAAAUCUGUUUGUGCAGGUGAUAAACGGUGUCUUCCUACUAAUCUUUUUCCUUACGCUUUCCCAGAAUAAUACAUCCUGGUGCCAUUCAGGAUGCACUAGGAUGCCCCAGGGGCACUCCAACUGCUCCUCAAGAUUGCUGCUGGUCUUCCAUAGCUCUCCAGUCACAUAUACCAGCCCUGAGCAGGGCAGAUCCUACUUGUCACCUUCCCUUCCUAUUUUAGACCAGUAAAAAUAAUUUUCUCCUUAGGACUGCAAUUCUGGUUCAAGACACAGGAGGGUGAGCCAUAUCCAGACAUUGAUCUGCUUCGCUUUUUCAUUUUGCUACCCGUGUAAAGGACUUCUCCUUCCUUU